GUCAUUUGCGCGCGACAGCGAAAAACUUGGAUCGUCCGGAGCGUUCGUUCGCGACGCCGAUCGCCCUGUGACGGGCCGAGGUGUUCGCGCGAGAGAUUCACGCGCGGCACGAUAUUACGCGCGGCGGAACGCGCUGACCGAGGAGGAUUUCCCGAUCGAUUCGGGAACGAAGGAGGAGGGGACGAGUCGCCGAGCGAGGUUAGGACGGCGGGACGAGUGCGUGUCGCGUGUACGGCGAGGCCGCAUGCGUUGCGUUCCACAGGUGUCGAUUGAUGAUUGUGAUUUGCGCUAUCGUCGCCGUGAUCGGAUUGCUCGUAUGCGCGCUGCUUAGAACCAGGCUCGACGAGCGGCACGAAGAUCCAAGCAUGAAGAGGAACCCGAGGCUGUCCCUGAGGCGAGGGAGCCAGUGCGAGGCACGAGGCUCGGUCAACGAUCCAGUAGAGAUCUCGGACGACGAGAGCCUCGAUUUGCCGCCGAAUAUACAGAGUAGCAAGAAUGUGAUAGGUCAUGGUGCAGCCGACGUCUCGAGUAGCGUGGUAGAUGCUGCCGGAUGUAACUCGAAGCAUGUACACGACAUAUCGGAUGAUUUAAGUAGCGACGACGAUGUGAUAGUCGAGGAUGCACCUGACAACGCCUCUAAUAAGAGCCUGACGAUGUUUAACUGGAAUAAAAGCGUCUUCGCUACUGAUGUACUGUACCAAGACAUUUUUCCUAAGAGCAGCGGCUCGAGGUAUACAGAUUCACCCAGCAAGAGGCAAAGGCUGAUGAACAAUCCGCCAAGGUCCGUCAGGUCGAGCUCCAGCGACGACGACGAGUCGACGAGCUUGUACAUAUCCAAGAAAGAUGAUUCGCCGCCUAAGGUUGGAAUACAGCACGAGAUGCUGAUUGCCGGCAUCAGAGUCAAGCUUCCUGUCAAGCCGUAUCCGUGUCAGAUUGCAGUGAUGAACAGCCUCAUUCAAGGAUGUACCAAGGAGCAGAACUGUCUCUUGGAAAGCCCCACUGGCAGCGGGAAGACUCUGGCGCUUCUGUGCGGAGCUCUGGCAUGGCAAGAGCAGUACAGGGAGGAAAUAUGUCGAGAAAAGGGCGAUGGAAGCAGUACAGAGAAAUGCGACGAGGAUGAUUCUUUUAACGACAAUUUCUUCUUAAACUCGUCGCAGUACUUCGACGAAGAAAUGUACAAUAAAAUUUUGCACGAAGACAGACCGCGGAAGGUGCCAAAGAUAUUUUACGGGACGCGAACGCACAAGCAAAUCGAGCAGGUGGUCAGAGAAUUGAAGAAGACCGCGUACAGGCAUAAGAGGAUGACUAUACUGAGCAGCCGAAGGCACACGUGCAUUCAGGAAACCGAUCGGAACAAGAACGAGCUGUGUAACGAACUGCUCGACCCGCUGAAGGGUAAGAAGUGCCCGUAUUAUAAUGAGCAUAGUAAGAGAAAGGCGACGAUAUUUAACACUAUGAACACGCCGUGGGAUAUCGAGGACUUGGUCUCAGUGGGCAAUCACGUCGGGGCCUGCCCUUAUUUCGGCGCGAGGUCCUUGAUGGCCGAGGCGGACAUCAUCUUUUGUCCUUACAACUACGUCCUGGAUCCAGAUAUUCGCGAGAGCAUGCAAAUCAGCCUGAGAGACAAUAUCGUGAUACUUGACGAGGCUCACAAUGUCGAGGAUAUGUGUCGGGAAGCUGCCAGCGUGAAUCUCAGAGAUGACGAGAUGACACAUGCCGCCAAAGAAUGCCAACAUCUACAUUUAUUGUACGAAAACCGUGAUCCCCACACUUAUGAUACUAUACAAAGAUAUCUCACGGAUAUCGCGAAAUUCCUUAAAAAUAUUGCGGUCGAGGAGAAGAGUUACGAAAACGGAAUGAUGAGUAAGAGUUGGCUUGGUAGCGAAUUCCGGGAGCUGCUGCACGUAUAUGACGUUGGGUGUUCUAGAUUUCCCGAUUUUCUCGCCGCCAGUGGGACAGCUAUACAGGAUUUCGGAAAAAAUAUGAAGGAGGAGAUUCGUCGCGAAAAAAUAAUACCCACUAUUUCGCGGGAUACUAAGAAAAUUCUUGAAUACCUCUGUUUCGCUAUGCAAAUGAUUUCGUCAGAUAAUUUUGCUAAUGACUACAGAAUAUACGUCGUAGAAACGAUUGAACUUACCAAGAAAGCUAUGACCGAAGCUGUCUCGGCCACAUCGAAGGAAAAAGUACGAACCAUGAAGCUGAUCUGUAUGAAUCCCGCCAUAAUUUUCGCGCCUAUUGCCCGUCUUGUUCGCUCUGUGAUAGUUGCUUCCGGUACUUUGACGCCGACUGCGUCGUUUCAAAGCGAACUCGGCACGCGAUUCCCGCAUAUAGUCAAUCCUAAUCAUAUUAUACCGGAGGAUCAAGUGUACGUAAGAUGCAUACCACGCGGGCCAAGUGGAAAAUCUUUGAGGGCCACAUUUGACAAAGUGAACUCUUGGGAGUUUCAGGACGAGCUCGGUAAUUUGAUUCUUCGAGUAUGUGACGCUGUACCGUACGGUGUACUGUGUUUCUUUCCGUCUUACAAGACAAUGAACACCAUCCACGAGAGAUGGAAGAACACCGAAGUAUGGAGGAAACUCGCCGACUUGAAGAGAAUUUUUGUCGAAAGCAGUAAGGAACUGGACUUGACAGAAUAUCGCAGGGUAAUUGAGGAAUCAUCAUCUAAAUCGUUUCGGACGGCAUGCGGAGCUAUCUUGUUUGCAGUUUAUAGAGGAAAGGUGGCGGAAGGAACAGAUUUCAGCGAUAACGAGGCUCGUUGCGUAUUAGCAGUUGGUAUACCGUAUCUCUUCAAAAAUUCUGAUGUAAACAUGAAGAUGAAGUAUAACGAUUUGAAUAUAUCCAAAGGUUUGCAAUCUGGUACAGAAUGGUAUACUAUAAAUGCAUUUAGGGCGUUAAAUCAGGCAAUAGGCCGUUGUGUCAGGCAUAAAGGCGAUUGGGGUGCUGUGCUGCUAGUAGAUGACAGGUAUGAACAGUCAUCUACCAAAUGUGGCUAUCUACCAAAAUGGAUUAAAAGAAGCAUAAAAUUUGCCACCAAUUACGGUCUGGAAAUAGAUCUUCAAGAUUUCGUUGCUGUACAAGUUGCACGUGAAAAAGGAGAAAAAUGCGUAUAGAAUCAAUACUUUCCUUUAGAAGA